UCACUUUCCAACACAUGUGCUUCAGUCUGACUGGGAGAAGGAACCGCAUAGUUUCACUAUUCAUAACAGGACUUCCCUGCAACGCUUUCAACGUGUGUGGGGGGAAACCCUUUUUAAAAAAAAAAAAAAAAAAAAAAAGAAACUUUCGCUCAACUUUUGAAAACUUCAUUCAAAAAAGCGUCGUGGGAGAAAAGAGAGAGAGAGAGAUACGCAAUCUCACUUUUUUUUUUUUUUUGGUGUGUUGGAGAAAAGGUAGAUAGUUUUCUCAGCGUAAGGAAAUAUACCUCCACAUCCAUCCUUCCAGGGUCCAAAGCCCGCUGCUUUGCAUCUGCAAGCCAUGACGCGAAGGUCCUGCGCGAUCUACACGGUGGGGGCCAUCUGCGCCCUCCUGCUGGUCACUGGCAUCGCCUUGAUGGUGGCUCAGGUUUUCCCCAGCAUGAUGCACAAACGCCUGAAAAAGGAGAUUGUUUUAGUGGAGGGCAGCCGCGUGUUUGACUCAUGGAAGACCCCUCCUCCUCCCGUCUUCAUGGAGUAUUUCUUCUUUAAUGUGACCAAUGUGGAUGAGCUCCUUAAAGGGGCCAAGCCAGUUGUCAAUCAGGUUGGACCCUACACGUACAGAGAGUAUAGGUAUAAGGACAACGUCACCAUGGUGGAAAAUGGUACAAAGGUGUUGGCGUACAACACUAGAAGCUUUGUGUUUCUGAGAGAUAAGUCUGUUGGUGACCCGGCUGUCGACGCUAUCACCACCGUCAACAUCCCUCAUUGGGCUGCAAUGAACAAGAUGCAAGGAUUCGCCAAGUCCUUUAUGUUGAACAUGAUGAUAAGCGCAUCCAAGAGUACUCUCUUCACCACCCGGACCGUACACGAAUUACUUUGGGGAUAUCACGACGCUUUGUUGGAGCGUAUCUCCAGGUCCAAACCUGAGGUGGAGAAGGUCUUCGGCCUCAUGUAUAAGAAAAACGGAAGCCACAACGGGGAAUUUGUCUUCCACACCGGAGAGCAGAACUACUUAGAUUAUGGACGCAUCGAAACAUGGAAUGGGGAAAGGCAACUGACCUACUGGUCAACUAACAUAAGCAACAUCAUCACCGGAUCAGACGGAAGUGCUUUCCACCCUCUGCUGAACAGGAGUGAACGCAUUUAUGUCUUCAGUCCAGACUUGUGCAGGACGAUCUACAUGGAGUUUGAGAAGGACGUUAAGGUGAAAGGAAUCCCCGCCUACCGCUUCACCCCUCCCCGCUCCGUGUUCGCCAGCAAGCAGGAGAACCCGGCCAACGAAGGUUUCUGCGUCACCCCUCAGGAGUGCCUGGGAACCGGGGUCCUUAAAGUCAGCCCCUGUCGGAAUGGUGCCCCAGUGGUCGCCUCCUUUCCACAUUUCUACCUGGCAGAAGAUAAAUAUAUAUCGGCCAUUGAAGGAAUGUCCCCUCAAAGGAGUCACCACCAGACGUUUUUAGACCUCAACCCGACAACUGGAGUGAUUGUGCGUGCAAACAAAAGAGCACAAGUUAACGUCUUGAUUAAAAAAAUCUCUGGAUACCCAGACACUAAAGCCCUGAAUGAAACAAUCUUCCCUGUUAUGUUCCUCAACGAGAGUGUGGAGAUCGAUGAUGCAUCUGCAGCGAAGGUGAACAAGCUGCUGAUGAUCGUCAACGUGGGCUCCAACUUCCCGCUUAUUAUCAUGGGACUGGGCGGGAUCAUGCUGCUGGUCUUCAUCAUCCUUCUGGUCAGGGCCCAUCAGCAGAAGAAGGAAGCUAAGCGCAUUGUGUUUACCAAGGCUGUCUAUGCUACCUCAACUGAAGACGACACCUCUUACACGCCGGUCAGCAGCAAGGAAAAGGACGAUGGCCAGAAUGGAAACUACAUUGGUCUGACGGCUAAACUGGAGCAAUAAGCUCGCGGAGGAAGGAUGGGAUGGGGCUGUGUGAGACGGGGCGGCGUGGCAUCCUUUUCGCUUUAAGCCCAAUGUAUUAGAUUUCCUUGGUUAAACACAUGCCACCCCUAGUCCAGGUAUAGCCAUCGGACCCCUGAAAGUAUUUUUGUCUUCCUCUGGGCCCAACGCCGUCAGAUUCUAAAACCCUCCUGACCUGCAAAACGAAGGUUAUUGAGGGUAAACCGCGCACCGGCAUCUUUAAAUGUAGUAUUUGUGAGAAUCGUCGCUCUCAGGGGGUCUCCUACCAAGAUGCUGCCAAACAUUCUUAAAGCGCGAGAGGCGCAAAACUGCAAGUGAGCUCUUUCACAAGACAUUUCAAUCAGUUCAGUAUUAUUUUGUCUAAUCUUUCUUUAAUCCCUAACUCAGUGAUGCAAAGCAUGUGUUAUUCUGUGUGUCGGCUGUCCUUUUCGAACCGAACGCGUCACGGCGUAAAAUUCAUGGAGUUUCACGUAUAGACGGUGGGAGUGGAACAACUUUCUGUUGUUAGCGUUUGAUCGGGAUUGAAGCUCAAACAUAACACUUUGUUAUUGGAUAGUUAUAUUUUUGUAAAGUUAAGCAUUUGUCACAGUUUUUUUCUAUUAAUAUGGUAAUUGGUAAUGUAGAAAUCUUCGAACGGUGAAAAUCAAAGUGUUGCGUCUAGGUUACAGCUAAUGUUUUACCUGCAGCAGAUAACUCUCCUAACGUCUUCGUUUAGCAUAAAGCCAGGUUAGUUGGUGACAGGUGGCCCGAUAAACGCCCAUCUCAAAAAUAUCGUCGGAGGUUAUGGCUAUUCACAGAGGACUGGAUGAUUAGUUUGAUGACAAAUGGAACUAGGAGUCUGCGCCACCAGUGAUCUUCCUGUGGGAAACGGGAACAGAAAAUGAAAAGCUUUUCUGGUCAAAGUAAGCAGUGUAAAAAUCAAUAAACGGGGUUCACUUAAACCUUUUUAAAAUGUAUUAACUUUUAUAAGAGAUGCUACUCUGAACCUUUGUGUUGUCAGUUCAUCUUUUGUGCCGGAAGAUCGUUGUUGCCGGGACGCCUCCGACCUCCAUUUCCUGUUUAAAUAACCAUCAGCUUUUCUUUAUUCCUCUAAUUAGCAUCCUUUCAGGACAGACGUGAUUUGGCGUGUUCUCUUUGUUUUGCCUUUUGAACUUUCUCUGCUCAGGCAAACACACAAUAACACCAAUAAGUGCCAGAUACUGAAAGCUGAAGUGGUCUUGAUAAAAGCCUAUUUUUUGACAGCUCUGCCUACAUGUGAUCUAAAUAAAUAAAGGUUAAAUUUUUUUGUUUUUUUUAAGAUGGUAUAAGUCCCUUUGGUCUUGGCCCCUUUAGAAGUCGCCGUUACCCUCGCCGUGCAGUACCAUCAAACCAGACGGCGUGAGAGUUAUCUACUACAGAGGCAGAACUUCUCUUGAAACAGCCUGAACUAUCCCCUCGAUAUGAAAUAAUUUAUAUACCCUGUACAACUGAUUUUACUAACAAUUAUGUUAUUCAGAAAAUGCUUUUAACUGCUGUAGCUGUGCGUUUUAAAAGAUUGUUGUGUGCGUCCUGUUGUAUUUUCUUUAUAAAAGAAGAGCCUCGCCAUAUAAUUUUAUCUUCAUCUUCCCGCUACCAGGCGAAAAGUGGAAUAUAAGAUUUAUAGAAGUUUAUUUCUUUUGAUAAUGAAUUCAGAGACAUAAAGGUUGUUUUUAUUUCAUGUGAUUCUUUUUUUUUUUUUUUUUUUUUCAUUUUUGUGAAAUCUCAAAAAUGCUGUGGAAUGAUUCAAGUAAACCUGUGAUGAGCCCCAGCUGUCAUGACUGCUCCUGAAAAAACAUGUCAGGAAGGAUUUUAACAGUAGAUCUUUAUGCACACAGAUCAGAAAUUACAAUGUACAUAUCAGGCAACAGCAGAGAGAUAAGAUUUUAUUAUUACUCUUUAGAGCAUAGAUAAAUCUAGUGACGCACAAUGAAAAAGCUAAAUGGAGUUUUUAUCCUGUUGCAAUUGUUAUUUCAUGAGAGCAAUACUCUUUUUAGAUAGAAAUUUUGUGAGUAUUUUAUAUAUAAAGAAAAUAGGCAGUAUUAUACCAUAGAAAUCUGGCUGAAGUCUGAAAGAGUAAAUUAUUUUUUGUUACAUUUACAAAGCCAAAACACUGACAUCGUAGACGUUACACCGGGAUACUCUGUGCCAAAUUUUGAUCGGUGCUGUUCUGUGAAACUAUUGUUACUUCCACAACUGCAUAUUCCUCUGAUCGUCAACUUUUGAAAUGUUGACUGUUGGUAAUGUUUUUACUGUGUUCACAACAAUAAAGAGUAGUUUCAGUAGA